AUGGCAUUCAUCAAUGAAAACCGCGUGAUUUCCUGCUUUUCAUUGACCGUCGUGCAAUCAGCCAGCAACUCCAUGAACAUCUCGACUUUUUCGAUUUACAACAUUAACCCGAACUCCGUGGCGGAGACGAACACUGGAUUCGUGCCAGUUACAGUGACGAACCUGAUGCUGCGCAACUGCAACAUUUUGACGUCCAGCAGUAGCUUCAUGCGCGAAUUGGAUCCAGUAUCUGAACUUGUCGUGGAAGAGCACCCACACCGAGUAUGGGCGUCGCUCCACACGAGCAGAUUGGAAUCGCUGUACACCCAUGGCAACGAGAUCAAGGACUUCAACGUAUCCAAAGAUCUGUUCGCGCAGAUUCAAGGGCUUACAGCGUUCAUCAUUACGAUUGGAUCCCCAUGGAGCUCUGCAGGCGCACAUCUGCCUGCUCGUUGUUGA